AUGUCGUCUUCAUCCCCGCAAAUUGCUGAAUUUCGACAGCGAUUGGGAAAUAUUCUCGUAAAAGAGCACGAUACCCAAUUCAACAUCCAAAGAUGGUUGACCUCAUACCAAAAUAACAUUGAAAAAGCCGCGCAAAAAUACGAUGAAUACGCGAGGAUACGACACGUACUCGGCUACGAUGAUCCGGAUCGAGUAGCCAGAGUUGUAAAGGAAAAUCGUUCGACAGCCUGUGGUCGUUUUGUCCGCCAAAGUACUCUCGACGGUGGUUGGGUGAACGAAAAGGAUAAUGGUCUGGUAUUUGUUGAGAUGAGCAUCGAAGAACCGAAGAAGUUUGUAAAAACAACCAGCGUCGGCGAUUAUCUGCGAGCGUUUAUGGGCUACUGUGAGCACUUUCAGAAUUUGGUGUUGGAAAGGGAGAAAAUCAGCGGCCAACCAUCGCACGGUAUUUGUCUCUUUGACAUGUCUGGAUUCCCAAUAUCUGCAUACAUGAAUCCGACGUCCCCUAUUAAUGCCUUUAUGCAGGCUCGCAUCAACAUUUGGCUGGAUUAUUACGGCGAAAUUCUACGUCAAGUCGUUAUCGUCAAUCCGCCCACAAUGUUAUCGAUCGUUUGGAAGGUAGCCUCCCUCCUCCUGCCCUCCCAUGUUCAUUCCCGAUUUGCUUUUGCCACAAAAUUGCCUCAACAGCUCGAGAAUUUCUUAAGUCCAGAAGCCAUCCCAGAAGUAUUUGGUGGAAAAAGAAAGGUCCCAGCUGGCUGCCUGCCAAAUGGUUGUGUCCCUUCAGAGAAAAUCCAGGAUAAAGACGAGAAGUCGCCAGACUCCUUCUGGCAGUCUUUGGACCUCGAACCGGAAUACGAAUCGGUUACAGUAAAAACUGGCGGGUCGAUCGUACUGGACUAUUGUAUCGAGGGCAAGACAUUACUCUACGAGGUUUCUCUGAAUCAAGAAGCCAUGUUCUGGUUUCAAUGCGAAAACGAGGAUCUAACGCCACGGUUUAAAUACGCUACGCCGAAACUACCGGAAACCGGCAAAAUAUCGAUACGACACCCUCCAACCUCUUCCCUCCACCUCCACAUCCACAAUGAUAGUCGGGUGUUCUCGUUGAAAGCCAAGAUUGCCGUCAAAAUGAUU